AUGAUAAUUCAAAAUGAAAAAAAAAUUAGAAAAAUAAUAUUAUUUUAUUUUCUAAUUUUUUUCCUUAAUAAAUUUAUAGUUAUUUAUAGCUGCUUAGAUAUAAAGAAAAAAAUAAAAUAUGACAUAUUUUUAACUAAUAAAAAUAAAUAUUCUUCAUGUUUUUUAAAUUUUUAUUUGUAUAAGAAGAAUAUUUUAAAAAAUUUCAGAAAAGUAAUAUAUAACAAUAAAUUUAGUAACAUAAAAACUAAAAAAAAUAUAUAUAUUUUAUAUGCACAUAAGAAAAAAAAGAAACAAGAUAAGAUAGAAGAAAUUUUAAAAAAAAAACUUUUAAAUAAUAAUGAAAAAAAUACAACAGAAGAAGAUGAAACUAUUAAUAAUUCAAAUGAAGAAAUUGUGAUAGAUAAUCAAAUUAAAGGAAAUGAUUCAUUUUCAUUAAAAAAUUACAAAAUUAAAAAAAACCUUCGAGAGGAUAUAGAUGAUAAUGAAGAUAAUAGUACAUCUAAAGAUAAGAAAGAAAUUAAAAAUAAUGAUAAUGAAAAUAAUGAUAAUGAAAAUAAUAAUUUAGGUGAAAAUAGUGUAGAACGUAAUGAAGAUGAAGAGGAAGAGGAAGACGAAGAAGAAGAUGAAGAAGAAGAAGAAGAUGAAGAAGAAUAUGAAAAUACUGAAGAAUAUAUCAAUAAUCUAAAUAAAAUAUGCUUAGAUAAAAUGAAUAAUGUCUAUAAAUAUAUAAGAAAAGAAUCUUAUAGAUUUAACCUAAAUAAUGUUUCAAAUAUUAUGUUUGAAAAUGAAAAAGUAAAAAUAAACGAACGAAUUUAUACAAUAAAACAUAUUUGCCACAUUAAAAAAAAAGAAAAUUUAUUUAUCAUAACUCCAUAUGAUCCUUAUUAUGUUAAUUUUAUUUAUAAACAUUUUGUAAAAGAAUAUAAUGAAUUAAAAUUUUAUAUAAAAGAUAAAUCUGUUUUUGCCAUAAUACCACCUAUAUCUGAAAGUUUAAAAAAUGAAAUUAAAACUAAAAUAAAAAACAAAAUAGAGGAUUCAAAAUUAACCUUAAGAAAUGUUAGAAAAAAAAUGAUGGAUAAAUUGGAAAAAAUUAAAAAUAAAAUUGGAAAAGAUAUUUAUUUUAAACAAAAAAAUUACAUACAAAGUAUACAUGAUCAAACAAAAAAAAAUAUUGAAAAAAUAUUCGAAGAAUUAAAAUGA